AAAACCUGCAGUCUUUUGUUGAUCCAAAAAACAUAUUAUUUAGACAAGAAGAAAGUUCUAAUUAUUCUAUGAUUACUUGUGUUGCUAAUAGUACUGAUUUGACUAGCAAGAUAGCAAUAUCACAAGAAAAUGAGUCCUUUGUCGAACCAAAAAACCCAUUUGGACAAGAAGAAAGUUCUAUGGUUAGUUGUGAUACUAACAGUACUGAUUUAACUAGCAAGGUAGCAAUAUCACAAGAAAAUGAGUCCUUUGUCAAACCAAAAAACCCAUUUGGACAAGAAGAAAGUUCUAUGGUUUGUUGUGAUACUAACAGUACUGAUUUAACUAGCAAAGUAGCAAUAUCACAAGAUGUGAAUACUGAAUUUCAACAAGCAUUAUCACUUGUUAAUCCAAAAGAUCCAUCGCUUGAAUUACCCAAAAAUAGACUAGAACUCAGAAAUAUUAUUAUUAGUGGUCCAUAUCAACCUCAAAUGUCUUUUCCUAGAACAUUAAUUGGUCUACAAUACCGUGGAUUUCUAAAACAUUAUUAUGAUACUUAUAAGUGGAUUGAAUAUUCUCCAGUAAAAAAUGCUGCAUUUUGUUUUCCGUGUAGAAUAUUUAAAGGAAACAGCCUUAACAGUAGCCAAAUUGAUCUAGCUUUUUCUACUAGAGGUUAUACAAACUGGAAAAAUGCAACCAAAGCAUUUAAUAACCACCAAAAGUCCAAAGUUCAUAAUUAUAGUUCAGAAUCAAUGUUUAAGUUCGUUGAAGGAAAUUCAAUAGAUAUUGCUAUUGACGAAGGUAAAAAAUUACAACUUAGUCAACAAGAACAGGAACGUCUUAAAAAUAGAGACUUUUUUAAAAGACUUAUUGACAUAAUAAUAUUGUUAGCAAAAUCUGGAAAGCCUUUUCGUGGUCACGACGAAAGUGUUGGUAGUUUUAAUAAGGGAAUAAAAUUAUCAGUCAUUCUACAAAACAAAAAAAUUUCAAUUAUAGCAGACGAAACUAGUGAUGUUGGCCACCACGAACAAAUGUCUCUAGUUGUUCGUUAUUUUGAUUCGAAACUAAAUCAAACAGUAGAACAUUUUUUAUGCUUGCAAAGACUUACAUCAGUCGAUGCACAAUCUAUAUUUGAUAGUAUAAAUAAUGUAUUAAUUAAUAAAUUAGGCUUAAGUUGGUCUUCUGUUAUCGCUGUAUGCUUUGACGGCGCGGCAACUAUGUCAGGUUGUAACAACGGAGUUCAAGCAAAAUGCAAAGAAAAAAAUAAUGCUUUAAUAAAAAAUCGUGUGGUGUUUGAUUUCUUCGGAACAAUUCAUCUUAUUUAUGCUUUUAUUGAAGGUAGUUGCAUUAGACAUGCCAUACUAGAAAAAGUUGCUAGACAAAUAAAUAUAAAGCUUGUGACAUUAAAAUCUAUAUCUACCACUAGGUGGGCUUGUAGAUCUGAAGCAAUAACAGCUAUAAAAUCAAAUUAUUCAGUGUUAAUCAUUGCCAUUCAAGAAAUUUAUGAUUCAACUAAACUUCCAGAUGUUAGAGCUAAAGCGCAUGGCUUAAUAAUUCAAAUGCAGUCUUUUAAUUUUAUAUUUGCCCUUAAUAUGCUUGAAUCAAUAUUAUUAAUUAUAUUAAAAGUGAGUUCAAGUUUACAGAGUAAAGAUCUUGAUCUCUUAGCAGCUGUUGACUUAAUAAAAUCUUUAAAACAUACAAUCACUCAUUAUCGAUCUGUAGAUGAUGAAUACAACAAAAUAUAUGAAGAAACUUUGGAAAUGUGUAAUGAAAAUAAUAUUGAAAUUCCUCAGUCGCUACAGUCAAGAAAGCCUUGA